ACGGCUCUUCUUUUUCUACUUUAUUAUUCAUACAAUUUGAUUGGUGCGCAUAUUUACUCUCACAAAAUGUACACCAACACAGGCCGCCAAUAUCCGCUUGGCACGCCAGCAAUGGUAGUCGGCGUUCUCGCUUUACAGGGUUCUUUUAACGAACACAUUGCAGCUCUUAGAAAGCUAGGAGCGAAGGGGGUGGAAAUUAGGAAGCCAGAGCAGCUUCAGAAUGUGAGCUCUCUUAUCAUUCCCGGUGGUGAAAGUACCACCAUGGCCAAACUCGCCGAGUACCACAACCUGUUUCCUGCCUUGCACGAGUUUGUUAAAAUGGGAAAACCUGUUUGGGGAACCUGCGCAGGUCUUAUCUUCUUGGCAAAUAAAGCUGUUGGACAGAAGAUAGGAGGACAAGGUCUAAUUGGGGGGCUUGAUUGCACUGUUCAUAGAAAUUUCUUUGGCAGUCAGAUUCAGAGCUUUGAGGCUGAGCUGUUAGUGCCAGAGCUUUCUUCUAAGGAAGGUGGUCCUGAGACAUUUCGUGGAGUUUUCAUUCGUGCUCCUGCAAUCCUUGAAGUGGGACCAGAGGUUGAAGUGCUGGUUGAUUAUCCUGUACCAUCUAACAAGGUGUUAUAUUCAAGUUCUACCGUUGAAAUUCAAGAGGAGAAUGCUAUGGCUGAAAUGAAAGUGAUUGUUGCUGUAAAACAAGGGAAUCUACUAGCAACUGCUUUCCAUCCUGAAUUGACAGCUGAUACUCGAUGGCAUAGUUACUUCUUGAAGAUGGGGAGUGAGCAUGGAGAAGUGUCCUCUAGUAGCAUUGUUGCAGUUGGAGGAGAGUGCCUGAGUUCCAACCUUCAAUCAAAAACUGAUCUUCCUAUAUUUCUAUAGUGGCAGUGAGAUAACUAUGAAGUUUCUAUGUUACAUGUUUUAAAAUCCUUUCCAUUUAUAGUUAGCUUUUAUAUUUACGAUCUCAAAAUCUUAUAAAAUAGUAGUCCCCAUGUAGCAAACAUUCUUCUUAUGCUGUUUUUAAAGAUGGAUAUUUGGUUCUGCAUCUUGUAUGACUUAUACAUUGUUCUAUAAUUGUAUUCUAAAAAGAUAAGGCAGUUAGUUUGUCAA